ACGCAUCAAACUUUGGCCAUCUUUUUCUAUCACUUCUGCCCAUGAUCAGCAAGUGCAGGCCUGAGGGCUCGUUGUGCUUUCAAAUAUUUGCUCUGUCUCCAUCUGCUGGAAAGAAACGUGGGACUGACCAGUAUCUAGGCUAGACUGAGUUCAGAGGCAUAGAGGAGACAACCAAAAUAGCUCAUCGAGGCCCAAAUUUAUUUAUCCUCCGCUUCGAAAUUUGGCUCCUUUUCGGCAGUGGUUGAGAAAUCUAAAGAAAAUGAGGGCUUUGGGGAUUUAUCUGCGUUUCAGAUUUCCACGUAUUGCUGUAUUUUCUCUCCACCUCCAGUACUGACAGCAGCAGCAGCAGCAGCAUCAGCAUCAGCAGCAGCCAGGAGCGGAGUCCUGCUGUCCCGUGGAUCCAUCACUGCACCGAGGAGAGAUACGCAUGGAACAUGGCUGCUAUGAGGACUUUAACCGUGGCGGGUCUCUUUUUGGCAUUUUGCGCGUUGGGACUGAUAGCGGUGGCCAUCAGCACUGACAACUGGUACGAGACGGACGCGAGGAGGCACCGGGAACGCUGCAAGAAUUAUUCAAACAAAAGAAACGACCCUGGUUAUAUCUACAUCUCCAACAACAACCUUCCACUUCGCAUGUUGCCAAAGGAGAAAAAUGUGGAGAGGAGGGGCUCCAGUGUCAGCGGCGAAAUGCUGCUGCGGGCUAAGCGGCACUUCUUGCCUCCUGCCCCGGCCAUGGAGUCCCUCUGCAGUCGGCAGUACAACUCCACCAUCACCGGACUGUGGAGAAAGUGCCACCGGGAGGGAUUUGACUUGGAGACGGAGGAUUUGAUCUUUAAAGGAUUGGUUCCGCGCUGCACUCCAAUAAAAUACUACUACUCAUCAUCAGUGCUGCCCAGAAACCUGCCAAUCAAUCUGACGAAGACAAUAAGGCAGGAUGAGUGGCACGCGCUCCACCUCCAGCGGAUGACUGCCAGUUUCAUUGGCAUGGCCAUAUCCAUCAUCCUGUUCGGCUGGACCAUAGGCGUGCUAGGCUGCUGUAAGGAGCAUGAUCUGAUGCAGUAUGUCGCUGGACUUCUUUUCCUCAUGGGAGGGACAUGCUGCAUAAUCUCCCUUUGCACAUGCGUGGCUGGGAUCAACUUUGAACUGUCCCGCUACCCUCGAUACAUGUUUGGGAUACCAGAGGACAUCAGUCACGGUUAUGGCUGGUCCAUGUUUUGUGCGUGGGGUGGACUGGGCCUCACAUUGCUGGCUGGUUUCCUGUGUACACUCGCUCCUUCCCUCUACCCUCCACACACCCCUGUGGUGCACAAGCCCAGGCAGGAGAACGGCUGCGUGUGACAGGCCGCCGCACAUCUAAAAGACACCUGUCUCAUCCUGAAACAGUGACGAGCCCUGUUCCAGAGACAGUUUCACCCAGGGACUCAGAGCAGAGAGAGAGAGCCUUCACACAGCUUGGCACAGAGAAAGCACACCGGCUCUCUAGCUCACAUGAAAAUGAAAGAGGUUGACAUUUGACUGAAGACGAUUUCAGUUCCUCUGGUGCUUUUUUCUGUCCCUCUUUAUGAACGAACUGUUCAGUGUUAUUGCUUGCUCUUCGGGAGGAGAAUAAUUAUACAAAUUUUCUUCAUGUAAAAUCUGCUAGUUUGAGAAGAAAAAAAAAAAAAGACACACUGGCAGAAGAUCAAUAGCACAACUUUGAAAUCUGUAUUGAAGAACAAACUAUGGAUGUGUACUGUCACAUUUCAAAGGGCAACUGUGUAUCAUUAUGUACUCAUUCAAAAACAAGAUAUGUACAUGUACUUUUUGAAUUGUAUGUAUGCAGAUGCAUUUGUGUUUGUUCAAGGAAAAAUAUGAGCAUUAAGGCCAAACUGUGUUUGAGGGAAAUGUUUUGUUGUUCUUGAGGUCUUACACCCAUCAAAAUAUUUUUGAAAAAUAAAACAGCCAUGCAAAACUUUA